GGAAGACGGGGGAGGGGAGGACGACGACGACGACGGCGGAAGGGAGCGUUGCGAUCUCCAAACGGCUGGUGAUGGCGGCUGUCUGGAAGUGAAAUCACAAGUUCUUGAACAACCUUAGCGGAAGAAAGUACUGCUGUUACUUCAGUUUAGAUGAUUAAAGUAACUGGAGGCAAGGUCUCACCUUGUUCUGGUACUUGCCACCUUCUGCACCUAAAUUCUUUUAAUUUCUUAAGUUUGUAUAUUUGACACAUUGCAUCAGAACAGCUACUACAGACUUCUUCUUGCGAAGAUAGCUUUUUACAAUGGCUAGCCAGGUAAGAUAAUUUGAUAGAAAUGCGGUUGCAUUAUUAGCUAAUUUGGGGGAAGCGCAACCUUGUCCAUAAUUCUUGGCAAAUGGCAGAUUUGAACCCAGUACUCCUGGGGAAGGGAUGAUGGGUUUUUAGCCAUAUAUUUCCCUCAGAUAAAUUUCUGACAAAUUGUUCUCCCCUGCUGUGAAAUCCUUAAUCACGCCAACUGAAGCAGCUUGGGGACAGAACACGAAACUUUGCUUUCUGCACUAUUGCACAGUGAGUUCUUGUGGUGGGACUUUCCUAUAACACUCACUAUUUAAGAUGCCUUCAUUGGAACUACUACCAUUCAUGUAAGUAAAACUUAACAAAAACGUUGAAUGUGUAUCCCUGAGGUGAGAUUACUGUCUACCUUUGGUUACGGCCUCCUUCCCUUUUCCUUCCCAUAUGCCUCUGCUGGCUUUUAUUUUUUAUUUUUUUUUGAAUGUGACACUUUUGUCACUUGCAUGUUACUGUUGUGAAAACCAGACAUGAGUUCCUUCGGCUGUGCUGUAGACUUAUUCCAAACAAUUUUCUUGAGAUACUGGCCAACAGCCUACUACAGAAGAGCCCCAAGUCCGUUUUCUGUAUUUAAAUAAACAGAAAGAGUGACCUGGCUCUACACCUUAUUCUGCUGUAGUUUCUCUGAAUGAAUAAGCAGGGUCCUUUUGGAAAACAAAAAUCUUAAAUGACAUGCUCAGUCAGCCUCUAAUGAUUAACCUUUUUUUUAAAUGAAGGAAGCCGAGGGAGUCAAAAUGUUGGCGUGAAAAGCAGUAACUCCGAUAGCCAGCUUGACUAAGUCAGGGGAAUAUGGCUUUUCAUACAAUCCUUUGGCUCUGUUAUUUUUGCCAGGCAUUUUCCCCAGAGGCUGCUUUCCCUCAUGGGAGGCGGAGGGAGAGAUGGGACCCCAGGCUUCUGUCAAGGGAAAGCAGGAUACAGUGGGAAAGGCCAAAGAAAGCCUGCCUCUGUGGUGGAGAUCCCCCCACAAAAAACGGAAGAAAAAGAGUAAAGCAAGAGCAGGAAGACCAGAUUUUACUAGUAUUCCAAGCAGGCCAGAAUUUGUAAGGCAAGAAUUUGUUAGGGCAGAAUUUUCCAGGCCUGAAUUUGCAAUAUUUGUAGGAGAGUUAACUCCUGAAGUGGAUGACUUUUUGCUGUAUGACUAUUUUUUUAAAAAGUAUCCAUCAUGUAUAGACUGUAAAGUGGCCACAGAUCUGCUGGGAUAUUCCAGAGGUUAUGGUUUUGUCAGAUUUUCUGAUGAAGGCGAUAUGAUGAGAGCACUGCAAGAUUGUCAGAAUGCACCUGGUCUAGGUGGAAAACGAAUCCGAUUGACUUUAGGAAUUUCUAAAAGACUGAAAGCAGAAUUUCAAAGGUACCAGGCCUAUAGUUAUAAUGACUAUUACCAAGACUAUCAAAACUAUUACCGCCAGUACAAUUAUGAUAGAAAUGAACGCUAUGACCGAUUUGAUCGCUAUGACCGAUUUGACCGUUUUGAUCGAGGUAGCCGUUUUGGUGAUCGUUUUUCUGAACGUUACCCUGAGCAUUUUGGUGAUCGUUUUCCUGAACGUUACUCUGAGCGAUUUGGUUCUCGUUUUGGUGAACGCUAUGAGUAUCCUGAGUAUGGAGAUUAUCCUGAAUAUGCAGAUUAUAAUGCUGACUACAGUGAUUAUAAUUAUAGUUACGCAUCUUAUGAAAGGAUGCAGCCUACUGGAAAUAUGGGACAACAAGCAGUGAAUCCAUCUUUAUUUCAGGAUACCUGUGGUAUGAUUUUAAAUGAUGAUCUAGUAACAGAAGAUCCACAACUCAACAUAGAUGUUCAUAGAAUGAACAGAGAAUUUAUGGUGAGAAGUGAAGAACUUUUUGACACACUUAUGAGCUGUCAUUGGCAACCUCUGGACACAGUCACUUCCGAGAUCCCUACUGCUUUCUAAAAGUGUCUUAUGUUAACACCAUAGCAUGACUAUUUUGACCAAGGUGCUAAAUUGACAUUUCUUCUACAUUACUUUAGAUCCUAAAUUUUAAAGCACAGUGUUGGAUUAUUAUUUUUUUGCAAUGCUUUGAUGGCCUUUGUAAUUUUGUUCAUCAGUAUCUUGAAAUCAUGUAAAUAUUCUGGAAAUGUAAAGAGUUAAAUAUGGACUUGCUUAUGUAAAUAAUAAAACCUUGUUUCUGCAAA